CAGCUUUGGUACGUCUUCGUCAAUCGUUUAGUGAAGAAAUCGAAUUUUGAAGACGAAACGGCUCCUUGUCCCGGUCGCUCGGCACUUCGCCACCGGGAUCGCCUCACCCUCCGGCUACCCGCCGGCGACAACUCCCUAUAGGAAGUGAUCAGAUACCACCAUGGUUUACUUCAGUUGCACUUGAUGUGAAAGAUUUGUCCUUCAUUUGGAAGCAAAAUUCUGCAAUUGGAAGUCUGGUUGGAGUUGUAUAUAUAGGAGUGUAGAUCAGAUGUGCCGUCAAAAUUCUUCUGUGCAGUUAUCUGCAGAAGAGGCAAUUGCAGCUGAAGAAAGCCUCUUAAUAUAUUGCAAACCUGUUGAGCUAUAUAAUAUUCUUCAGCGCCGUGCUUUGCAAAAUCCUACAUUUCUUCAAAGAUGCUUGCGUUACAAAAUACAGGCAAGGCGCACAAGGAGGUUGAGUGCUGGAAAUGUAAUUUUCAACUAUAGGGGCUAUAACAAAACGGUACGGAAAACUGAAGUAACUGAAGAAUUUUCCUGUCCUUUUUGCUUAAGUCAAUGUGCAAGUUUUAAGGGUCUGCGAUAUCAUUUGUGCUCGUCACAUGACCUAUUCAAUUUUGAGUUUUGGGUAACUGAGGAGUAUCAGGCAGUGAACGUCUCUGUGAAAAUUGAUCGUUUGGAUUCUCAGAUCAUUGCAGAUGAUGUACAUCCGCGGCAGCAAACAUUUUUCUUCUGCUCAAAACCACGGAUGCGUAUUAAGCCAAAAGACCCAGCUGAAAAUGCAAAGUAUGUUUAUCCACACUUCUUGGAGUCGGCCUCACCUAUACUAACUGAGGAAGGCAUAUGUGAAGGAAUUUCGGAAAGGAAUGAUGAUGUUCUUUCUUGUAAAGGUGGCGGGGCUCUUAGGUCAUUUCCCAGUGAGAAAGAUUUGCAGAAUGGAAGUCACAAAGGAGUGAACUGUGGCCCUGUCAAUCUCAGUGCCACAGAGUGUAUAGAACAUGUUGCAUCCAGAUUUAAUACGGGUGGUGUUUCAAUUGCCAUGGCUCACUGUUAUCCUGAUCCUGAGGUUGGAACUGAUCUCACACAACUUGCUAUGGUGCAGUCUACAAAGACAAAAAAGUUAUCCUCAGAGCAGUCAGCCUCUAGAAACCGUUUACUCCUGCAGAAACGACAGUUCUUUCAUUCUCAUAGGGCUCAGCCAAUGGCUUUGGAUCAAGUAUUGUCAGAUCGUGAUAGCGAGGAUGAGGUCGAUGAUGAGAUUGCAGAUUUUGAAGAUCGAAGGAUGCUUGAUGAUUUUGUGGAUGUCACCAAAGAUGAAAAGCAUUUCAUGCAUCUUUGGAACUCAUUUGUGCGGAAACAAAGGGUGCUAGCAGAUGGUCAUGUUCCUUGGGCAUGCAAGGCAUUCACAAAACUUCAUGUGCGGGAGUUGGUCGAAGCUCCAGCUCUAUUUUGGUGCUGGAGACUAUUUAUGGUCAAACUUUGGAAUCAUGGCCUUCUUGAUGCUGGCACAAUGAACAACUGUAACAUAAUUCUUGAAAGCUUCCGGAAGGAGGGUAUAGAUGCCAUGAAGUGUUAAGGAGCAGGUUAUUUACCAUUUUUUCUUUGAAGGAAACAAAGAGAUGCACUGUAUGUUGCAAUUCUUCAUUUUUGGCUGUAAUUUUCCUAUUAUUAUUUUCCUGUUAUUCUUCCAUUAGAAAGGGAAACAGUAGCAUUCUUCUGCCCUCUAAUCUUUGUCUACAACUGCUUUCUAAUUUACUUCACUGAGAUGUAUACGAUCAUUGACCUUUUCACAUUUUUUUUUUCAUUGCUUUUCUCUUUCCACC